CUGGAGCCAUGGCCCAGCACUGGGGCCCCCAAAAGCUUGCAGGCGGGCAGCCGCAGGCCAGCUUUGAGGACAGCACCCCAGGGAGCAUCUUCACCUACACCAACAGCAACGCCACCAGAGGGCCCUUUGAAGGCCCCAACUAUCACAUCGCCCCUAGAUGGGUGUAUCACCUCACCAGCGCCUGGAUGGUUUUUGUGGUCAUUGCCUCCAUCUUCACUAAUGGGCUCGUGCUGGCGGCCACCAUGAGGUUCAAGAAGCUGCGCCACCCUCUGAACUGGAUCCUGGUGAACCUGGCAAUCGCUGACCUGGUGGAGACCAUCAUUGCCAGCACCAUCAGCGUUGUCAACCAGAUGUACGGCUACUUUGUGCUGGGGCACCCUUUGUGCGUUGUGGAAGGCUACACUGUCUCCUUGUGUGGGAUCACCGGUCUCUGGUCCUUGGCCAUCAUUUCCUGGGAGAGGUGGAUGGUGGUCUGUAAGCCCUUUGGCAAUGUGAGAUUUGAUGCCAAGCUGGCCGUCGCAGGCAUCACCUUCUCCUGGAUCUGGGCUGCUGUGUGGACAGCUCCGCCCAUCUUUGGUUGGAGCAGGUACUGGCCCCACGGCCUGAAAACUUCCUGCGGCCCAGACGUGUUCAGCGGCAGCUCUUACCCCGGGGUACAGUCUUACAUGAUCAUCCUCAUGAUCACAUGCUGCUUCAUCCCGCUCAGCGUCAUCGUGCUCUGCUACCUUCAAGUGUGGCUGGCCAUCCGAGCGGUGGCAAAGCAGCAGAAAGAAUCCGAGUCCACCCAGAAAGCGGAGAAGGAGGUGACCCGGAUGGUGAUGGUGAUGAUCUUCGCGUUCUGUCUCUGCUGGGGGCCCUACACCUUCUUUGCAUGCUUCGCCGCUGCCCACCCUGGCUACGCCUUCCACCCUCUGGUGGCCGCCCUGCCAGCCUACUUUGCCAAAAGUGCCACUAUCUACAACCCAAUUAUCUACGUCUUCAUGAACCGACAGUUUCGAAACUGCAUCUUGCAACUUUUUGGAAAGAAGGUGGAUGAUAGCUCUGAACUCUCCAGUGUUUCCAAAACAGAAGCCUCAUCUGUCUCUUCGGUGUCACCUGCGUGA